UGCUGUUAAUCCUCCAAUAGAGGAACCUGACAGCCGAACUCGCGGUCAAAUAUCAAGCUGUAACAAUCCCAGGCUUACCCCCGUUUCCCGUCUCGAAGCUCGGGCCCAGUAUGCGAGAGUUAUCUUGUGAAUCGUGCUGUUCGUCUUCCACCCAGACAGGAGUGCUUGGAGUGGGCCAACCCGGCAGUAGUACUGCCAUGGAUCGUUCCAAGCUCAACUGACUAGACGAUCAUGCUUCAGAACAACAUACAGGCCUGCAGCUCGCUAUCAGUUGACAAUCAACCCCUAGUGCCAUACAAAAGAGGCGAUGCAGCUGGGCAAGCCAUGCUGUCGUUGCGUCGUUUCCCCCACCUGGACCGGCAAUGGCCGCACAAUGUCUCUGUUCGGUCGCUCCUGUGGAAAUUGUGUGUGGGCAAAGCGAGGGUCCGCCUGCAAACAUUCCAUUGCGUUCAAAAAGGACUCGAAAGGGGAGAUCGUUAGGGAGAGGUCAACUUGUCUGGGGAGCGACGGCAACAUAGAAAACAUCCUCGGACGU